AUGGGGCAGAGGCAGGAAAAGCAGGUGACAGGUUACCUCCUGUUCUCUCUGACCACCGCCGUCAUCGGCUCCCUGCAGUUUGGUUACAACACAGGAGUCAUCAAUGCUCCCGAGCAGAAACUGCGAUCUUUCUUCAACAACACCUGGGUGGAGCGCUAUGGGGAGUCCAUCAGCCAGGACGUCUGCACCAUCGUUUGGAGCGUUGCCGUCGCCAUCUUCAGCGUGGGCGGUAUGGUGGGCUCCUUCAGCGUGGGCGUCAUGGCGGAUCGGUUUGGCAGACGUCGCUCCAUGUUCCUGGUGAACUCUCUGGCCGUGAUCGGCGGCCUCCUCAUGGGCUUCUCCACCAUCUGCUCCUCCUACGAGAUGGUGAUAGCUGGCCGUUUGGUCAUCGGCCUGUUCUGCGGCUUCUUCACCGGCCUGACUCCCAUGUACGUGGGCGAGGUGUCACCCACUCCCCUCAGAGGAGCGUUUGGGACCCUGCACCAGCUCGGUGUGGUGGUGGGCAUCCUGAUCGCUCAGAUCUUUGGUUUAGAGGCUCUGCUGGGCUCUGACAAGCUGUGGCCCCUGCUGCUGGCCCUCACUGUGGUCCCUGCUGUGCUGCAGUGCAUCCUGCUGCCCUUCUGUCCUGAGAGCCCCCGGUUCCUGCUCAUCAACCUCAAACAGGAGGAGCAGGCACGUAAAGCGCUGGUGCGUCUGCGCGGCAGCGAGGACGUGAGUAAAGACAUGCAGGAGAUGAAGGAGGAGAGCGCUAAGAUGGCCAUGGAGAAGAAGGUCACCAUCCCCGAGCUCUUCCGCUCGCCGGCGUAUCGUCAGCCCCUCCUGGUCGCCGUCAUGCUGCAGCUCUCUCAGCAGCUGUCGGGAAUCAACGCUGUGUUCUACUACUCAACGGGGAUCUUCAAGUCGGCCGGUGUGAAGCAGCCCAUCUACGCCACCAUCGGUGCCGGCAUCGUCAACACCAUCUUUACCGUCGUCUCUCUCUUCCUGGUGGAGAAGGCGGGACGACGGACGCUGCACCUCCUGGGAUUGGGGGGGAUGGCGGUGAGCGCGCUGAUCAUGACCAUCUCCCUCCUGUUG